AUGUUACAGGUUAUGUUCCCCGGUUUCGAACCACUCGACGUAUUUGGCCCUUUGGAAAUCCUCUUUUGGAUGUCGUACUACUACAACAUAACCCUGUCUGUCGUCUCAUUUGUGAAGGGCCCUGUGAAUGCUCGGCCACCUUCCCACAACAUGCGUCCGGGAAUGCCCCAGGGACACACCGAUAUCAUGCUGGGUCCCACUACGGUAGCCACGCACACUUUCGCGGAUGCGCCAGACCUGGACCUUAUCAUUGUUCCUGGAGGCAUGGGCAACGUUGCGCUUGAGGAAGCUAAUAAUACAGAGAUGGAGGCCUUCCUAGCCGCCCGGGCUCCUCAUGCCUCUUACAUCCUUUCUGUCUGCACUGGCUCAGUGACCCUUGCCCGCGCAGGUCUUCUUUCCGGCAAGCGUGCAACCACAAAUAAAGCCUCCUGGGCAUGGGUCACGGACCCAGUCGUGAUAUGGACGAGCUCGGGGGUGGCGGCGGGAAUGGAUAUGAUGUAUGCCUUCAUGAAGCAUCUAUACGGAACCGACAACUUGGAUCAGGUCAUGAAUCUGAUCGAGUACGCGCCGCAUCUUGACCCACACUGGGAUCCCUUUUCCGUCGUGCAUAAGGUCCCUGGAGCGGAUAUGAAUGCGUCUCUAGCGGAUUGUGUGGUGCCGGUUAGCAAUGAAGCGGACAUGCGUCAUGGCCGCUGA